AGCAGAUGGCGCCUGAUGUUAUGACGCAAAAUACAUUCAAGCUGUGGGUGUUUCCACAAUGUCUCAAUCCGAGUGGGGUCAGUCCACGGAAACAGCAGCGCAGCAGACAUGUUCCUGUACCUUCUGGGCUUGGUGGUCCUCUUCUUCCUGUACCGCUGGAUCAGGGAGCUUCCCAGGGUGUCCGACAAAGGCAGCAAGUAUGUUUACAUCACAGGCUGCGACAGCGGCUUCGGUAACCUUCUGGCUCGCCAUCUGGACAAGAAGGGCUUCCGCGUAAUGGCGGGGUGUUUCACCGAGAAGGGGGAGGAGGACCUGAAGAAGUCCUGCUCCGGCAGCCUGAUGACCGUACACCUGGAUGUCACCUCACAGGACAGCAUCGCUAAGGUUGCAGCCACCAUUAAGGACAAAGUGGGCGAGCGUGGUCUGUGGGCCGUCGUGAACAACGCAGGUGUGGCCGUCCCUUCUGGCCCAUGCGACUGGCACACCCUGGACGACUACAAAUCUAUGCUGGACGUGAACCUGAACGGGGUGAUCGGUGUGACCCUGAGCGUCCUGCCGCUGAUAAAGAAGGCCAGAGGAAGAGUGGUGAACGUAGCUAGCGUGUUUGGGAGGAUUAGCCUCACCGGGGGCCCCUACUGUGUGUCAAAGUACGGCGUGGAGGCUUUCAAUGACAGCCUGAGGUUAAAUAUGGCCCCUUUUGGUGUCAAAGUCCUCUGCAUUGAGCCGGGCUUCUUCAAAACCAACGUGACCGACAGCGCCAUCCACACCAGAAACGUGACCAUGUUGUGGGAGAGACUUCCACAGGAGGUCAGAGACGACUACGGGAGCUCUUAUCUCCAAAAAGCGAUAGCAGAGGUAAAAGACAAAGUCCCGAAGAUGAGCGACGGGGAUCUGAUGAAGGUGGUCAGCUGUAUGGAGCACGCCGUGUCCGCCAUCUGUCCACGCAAGCGCUACUCCCCCGGCUGGGAUGCCAAGUUUUUAUGGCUUCCGCUGUCAUACAUGCCGUCCUCCUUCACUGAUUACAUCAUCCUAAAGGGAGCCAUCCCCAUCGCCAAGCAGAUCCAGUAACGCUGCGUGGUUUGGAGAGGUUUGUGGGUCUGGGAACCUUCUCCAGGAUUAAUGAUCCUCCCUCAAGGCUGCCUUAUCUUCAUGCUCGCUGCUUUGAUGAUAGGCUCAUGCUCAAGGUUAAGGAAAAGUAAUAAAAACAACUUACGUUAGACUUCAUGACAGAGUACACAUUCCUCAGGACUUGGACGGUGUCCGUGCUUAUUGGUGGACAUCCACGACCAGAAGUAAAUUUUCAUUGCAUUCAUUUUUUUUAACCUCUUUUAAUUUUCAUGCAGCAUAAAAACAAUAAAAAGUGCUGUUUCAAAAAAUGGUGAUUCAGUUCUUGGUCCUGAUCGAUCAAUAA